UUGGUUUGCAGAAGUCGGUGCUGAUGCCUGCUGGUGCCUUGAAAUGGGCUGAGAUAUUGGUUCAAUUCUAGGCUGCAUAGCUCUAUGACAAUGCGGGGCAAAGAUAUAUAUCAGUAGCAUUAGCAAUCCGUUCGAAGUUCUAUUCUAUUUCACCGGACUCAAUUGUACCACUGGAGUAAAACGUCACGAGAAGUACUAGUAAACUUCAAGACAAUUGUCAUCAAUCGGGCUCAUGGCUACUCCAUUUCAACGUCCAGGCGACUUUGUCCUCGAGGUUGCCAAGACCGGACAGUCUUUGAUAACUUCCUUCACCAAGUUCAUCACGUAUCGAAAGGUGCAGGAUCGCAGGCUUGAGAACCUUUACGCCACUUUUUCCCUCACAACAACAACACUUACCGAACUCGGUACUACCAUCAAUAAGUACGAGCAAGACUUCCGCAUCAAAGACGAAGUGUUCCAUCCCAUCUGCCAGGCCGCAAGAUACCACCUCGAGAGAUUCCUUGUCUUGAUCAACGAGGGAAUCUCCUCGGGUGUAUGGAAGAAUGAUGGAAAUCUUGGUGGCCAAUCUUUUACCGCAGAAGCUGACCCAUGGCUUCUGAUCACUGUGUCACUUGGAGGUAAAGAACAAGCGAAGGACUUCUGGCAAAGCUUGGACGAUACUCGAGAUAGCCUGCUUGAGCUUAAUGAUAUCGUCAAGUACAUAAUCUUGAAGAACAUUGGCAGAACCACGACUCUCAAUCAGGAGCAAUCGGACGAACUCAAGAACUUGACUGCACUUCUACCCCACAUCGUGUAUAGCGUCGAAAAGGCCGAGCAAGCAAAACAAGAAGAGCUUGCUUGGGAGAGGGAGAGGCAGGAAAGAGUACAUCGAGUGCACAUCCCUCAGCCACCCCCAUUCAGAGACGCGGAUGAUGCCAGCGAUGUUACUCUCUUCGCGGAACCAAAACCUCGAGGUAGAAAUGUUCAUGUGGGUAAGGACAAUCACACACGCAACCGCAGCUAUGAUUCUUUCCGCUCAUAUACUUCAUCCGUGGUAGACAUCCGUCAAGAGCCAUACGAAAUCUACGAAGAAUGGUUGUUGAGGUGGAAUGAGCCAAUCAAGAACCCCAACAGCAGCAUCAAGUUCCUUGGGAUCAAGUUGACUCGCUUUUAUGAGGAUGCAGGAUAUUGGGGAACUGAUGCCGAGUUCAGGACCCAGGCUGAAUUGAAGGAACAGCAUCAGUAUGCUGCCGGAGAUCUGUCGCCCGCCAAACACAAGGAGAUGAUGAAGAAAAUCAUCCAAGCCAUCCCCAAGAAAGGUGGCGUCGCCGUCGAUCAACUCCUCGAAGACCGCAUGGAUGCCUCGAACCACGAAGAUGCCAAGACGAUCUGGGAAGUAGUUGCAGUCAGACCAAAAGAGAAACAUGCAUACAGUUGUUCUAAGAAAUGGGGCAAGGAUCCCAAGACAACUGAUUGGCUUGUGACCCUUCGAGGCGAGAAAGUCAACAACACCGGAGUGAGACGUCAACCAUAUAGGAGGGCAGAUCCUUGGGUGAGAGACUUCGAUAUGAGAGGACCCCCAAGAAGAUAUCGGAGCCCACCUCGCAGAUACUACGAACGCGAACGCUCAUACUCUCCCGAUGUGCAUGUACGCCGUGGACGAGAUCCUAUGAUCAUUCACCCAACACAUCGAGUAAUGUCCAUUUCUCCACGUAGAGCUAUGGAUGCUAUCCCAGAUGAGUCUUUCCGCUCAGGUGGAUUCGUGAUUGGCAAGAUUCCAAGCCAGGAGGAAGCUGAGAAGAAGAUGGACGAGAUCUGGGCGGCAAUGACUAACAAAGUCACGGAGAGUGCUGAGUGAAUGACGGGACUGUCCUAGAACAGGAACGACUAAUGACUGACGAAUCUCUUUAUUUGAGUUUGGGAAGGUACUUUUUGAGCUAUCGGCAAGGGGUGAUGCUUUUCUUGAGCUUGUCUAAUACUUCGUUGCUACUUGCGCUGUGUGCGCGAUUCGCGAUUUGUGGGAUUUGCGCAUUUCGCGUCUGGUUCUUGUUUCUAUACGGUGGAUUCCUUUAUAGCUUCUUCCUGCUUCACAUCUCCAAAUGACGUUGUAAUACAAUUGUUCGCCUUAAUGGCAUGAAUC